AUCGCUUUUGUUAUCAACUUCACCCAAAUAUCUUGUAAAAUGCUUCAAAAUGGUUCCCGAUAUCGUAAUCUACAGUGUUGAUGACAGUAGUUGCCUUCGGAAACCUUGUUGUGUGGCAGUUGUGCCUACCAAAAGUGUGUGCCUGUGUGCCUGAUUGCUGAUUGCUAUUUAAAAAAUCCCAAACGUUUUGGGGUUCCCCAAGGAGGUUAUAAAAGGUCCUUGGGGUUCCUGGGCCAAAAACAGAAAAAAAAACAGAGUUAUCGGACUUAGGCUAGGCCUACCACUUUACUUUGUUGUUUACUAGGCCUAGGGCCUAUGCCCUAUCCAAGAUUCUCGUUCCAGUUGUUUGUUGGUUGUUUCUUGGACCAGACUGCGAGGGUUUACCUGUUGGUGUUAAAACCUAAGGAUGUCGGUUAACUAUGCGUCUGGCUUAUCCCCUUAUGACCACAAGGGAAAGUGUGGUUUACCUGAGAAGUUUGAUGCUCCAGAGUUGCUUUCGUCAAAAAUUGACCAGCUGAUUGAACUAGUAAAGAAGAGCAAGUACAUUGUUGUUCACACUGGUGCUGGUAUCAGUACAUCUGCUGGAAUUCCUGAUUUCAGAGGACCAAAUGGGGUUUGGACCUUAGAAGAGAAGGGGGAGAGCCCAAAACACAACGUGACAUUUGAUUCUGCUGUUCCAACAGUGACCCACAUGGCACUAUUGGCUUUAGAAUGGGCUGGUAUUGUGAAGUAUGUCGUCAGCCAGAAUAUUGAUGGCCUUCACGUUAGGUCUGGUUUCCCAAGGAACCGACUUUCUGAACUGCAUGGAAACAUGUUUGUUGAGGAAUGUAACAAAUGUGGCCAUCAGUACAUAAGAGAAAAAUGUGUACCAACUAUGGCCAGAAACCUCACAGGGGGUUCAUGUUCACAGAAAAAGUCGAGAGGAUUGUGCAGGGGAAAACUGAUUGACACAAUCCUUGACUGGGAGGACUCACUUCCUGAAAGAGAUCUGGAGCUUGCAGAAGAACACAGCAGGAAAGCUGAUCUGAGCUUGUGUCUAGGCACUUCGCUACAGAUUGUUCCUAGUGGAAAUAUCCCUUUGCUGACAAAGAAAAAUGGUGGUCAACUUGUCAUCAUCAAUCUACAAGCUACAAAACAUGACAAGAAAUGCCAUCUCAAAAUUUCAACGUAUGUGGAUCAAGUUAUGAAGAAGAUUUGUGAGGCUUUAAAUAUUCACAUACCAGAUUCUAGUGGACCAUCUGUAUGUAUCUCAUCACAUCAUACUUUGCCUAAGGAAAAGGCAAUAUGUGUUGCCACUGAUGAAGUGCUUCUUGAAAAUUAUACAUCAAGUUAUUCAAAAUAUUUGAAGAGUGAAAGUUGUGAUUCAGAUGACGUAAAAGACCUGAAGGUUUCCAAAAAGAGGAAACUUUCAGACUCUGAUAAUGAAGAUGUCAGUGAUUCAAAAGUUCAUUCUCAGACCAUAGAAAAUCCCAAGGACGUCAAGAAACAAGAUUGUGACACAGGUGUAACCGACAAUUGUAAACAGGAAAUGAAGGCAGACAAGCUUUUCAGCCAUGUUCCACCUUUCGAUCUUUGCCACACAGUUUGCGAAAAAACUUAAAAUUUAAAGAUGGUGAAGAACUGCAAAUGUAAAUGAUGUGCGAUAUGUACAAACUGACAAAGGUGCAAGAAUUUUGCAUUAUCCCCAUUGUACAGGUUUAACUCCCCUUUCAACUUUGUGAAUGGUUAGUUAAGAGACGGGACCUCUAAAUUGAACGUCCAUCUCUGAUAGGACCAAGUGAAAUGGGUUGAGAGUCUUAAAAAUACCCAAGUUCAGGAUUUGAACAACCCAAGUUCAGAAUUCGAACCAGGGCCAUCCCCUCCAUAGUCCAGAAUGAUACCAAUUGAGUUGAUGGUACUCCCCAUGUUGACCUGAAUAGACAGGAAUUAUGAUUUUGUGUUACAUAAAAAGUCGUGCAUAUUUCUUUAGGUGGUUGGCAGAGAGGUGUAAUUUUUUUCAAUUCUUCAAUUCUAGAUGUGUAUGUGCUUAUGCUCUUGAUGGUCUUCUCUUUUUGGCUUAAUCUUUGACAGCACAGUAAAUCUCUCAUGUCUGCUGGCAUCAGACUGAAGGGAAACUGGUAGUGAAUGCAGGAAGUAACAAUCCCCUACUUUGCCACAACAAUUUGCCUAUUGUUAAAUGAAUUCAUAAUGAAACAUCCCCUGUGUAGUCAAAUUGGCCGCUUGUAAAUUUAGCCUGUAAAAAAUUUGUCUAGCCUGCCUUUUAAAAAAAAUCUGUAUUUAAGUUUCUUUCUGUUUUGUUCAGCUACACAUUGGUUUUAAAAAUUCUCUUUGGAUUUUCACUUGAGAGGGAGGUUCUUGCUUUAUUUCAGUUUCUCGUGGCAUGUCAAUUUCUUCAAUGUCUGUCACAGGAUCUUUGAUUAUACUUCAAACUGUAAUGUGAGACUGUCCAUAAAGUUGAAAACACAUGUAAAUGUCUUGCUAGGGCCAUGUGUUGGCAUGUAGGCCCUACAUAUUAUCUCUGGCCCCUAGUCUUAUAAUGUGGCGGUAAAAAAACCCAGUAAGGAUUUUUCAAUUCAAUCCUUUCUACACAAUUUACAAUUAUUUACUGUGUUGUGUACGACUGUUAUUGUUACCACGUCAUUGCAAAAAGUUGUCUUAUGAGGUUUAUGAAGAAGCCUUAUCUUUCUCCUUUUUUUCCCCAUGAUGUUUGCUGGACUAAUAUUCCUAUACAACAGAGAUGACGAGGUAACAAUAACAGUCGUACACAACACAGUAAAUAAUUUUAAACUGUGCUAUGAUUGAUAUUGGCGGCGCUGCGUGUGUACAUGAGCACCACAUUUUGAUCUUUUAAUAGUAAAUCUGUUGCACUAGAGGCUGUGCCUGCAUAUUUCAGCCACACUACUACAGUAAUAGUAGUAGUAGAAGUAGUAGUAGUAAAAGUAGUAGUAGUAACAGAAGUAGGUACUGUUAUGUGACAGCAGAUAUCUAAUAGUUUGUCUUGAAAUGGUUUAUACUUUAAAUCUGGUUAAGUUGGUGCUUGCGGCUCUUUAGGCCAAUAUUUGCUAAAAAAAAAUGCUGCUUCAUGAGGAUCGUAUUUGUGUUCUGCACUUUGUUGCAGUAAAUGUAGGUAUUUUGGUUAUACGUUCAAAAAUUUUAAUGCAAUUGAAAAUAAGCUUUUCAAUGAAAUGACAAUAAUUUACUGGACGCCCCCGUCCCCUCUUGACAAACCCUUAGAAAAGAAGACCUUAUGCCUCCAAAAUCUUGAAAUUGAAGGCAACUUUUAUGAGUACAAUCGAACCUGUCCAAGACAGAAUCGCAAGGGAGCAAGAAAAAAAUGUCAUCUAGACUUUUUCUGUCUUGGACAGGGGAAUUAAGGGGUAUUCUAGAGAGCAAGCAUGCACAUAGUAAGAAUCAAGGGUUGCCUGGCUGGUCAGCAAGCAGCGGUUAAAAACCUCACGUCUUCUAAGUGCUGUCCUAGCCUCUCUGACAAUGUCAUACGUACGUCUUACUUAUAUUCAUUGCACUAGUGCUUGCAUCUCAUAGGACCGCUGUUUGUUUGAUCAAUUAAAUACAGAAUCAAAUAAACGCAGUGGCUGUUUCCACCCUUAGCCCCACCCAUCAUUGUAAUAAGUACGGUCAACCAAUGCCACCCCUCCUUUGCAUCUAACAACAUUUCUAGGAACUUUUUUCUGGGCUGGCUGUACAUUCAGUGCGGCAGGCAUUGGUCAAAUUAAUUUCACACAUCUGACUACCCAGGAAAGUUUCUCUGCUGGAGCACCCCUCGAGAAUUUUCCCAAGCAGUGAUGAAAUUUCACAACUGCACCACCCUGGGCUUGUGUGCAUUUGGUAACAGUAACAGCUUCCCUCAAACCUCUCCCCCCUUCUCCCUUUCCUGGCCUUGCGGCGUGGGGUAAAGGUUAGAGUCGAUGGAACCAAACUUGAGAGUUUUGUUUCAAAUCUGGGCUGAGCCGGCUAAACAUUUUCCAUCUUCUACAGAACAAAACCCUCUAAAGGGAAGGAAUUUCUCUUUCUGUUUCUGGAUUGAGCAGGUUUCAAUCUUAGACAGAUGUUUUAUUUAGAAAUUUAUUAAAGGUGAAGUAGGGAGAUUCUGUUAUGACAGGGUUCUGUCUUGGACAGGGUUUCAUUAGGCAGGUUUGACUGUAUGUACUUAAAUUGAGAAACUUGAACUUUAGCCCUUGUCUGUCCAGAUUUUAGCAAAAGGUGACAUUGGCUCUUUUUUUAAGGAUGUACCUGCAUUUUACGUCUGGAGUUGUGCACAGUUGGGCAGUGUAUAUAUUUUUUGUGCAAUGAAUGCAUUUGCUCAUUAUGUUAGCCUGAGUACAUGUUGGGAUGAAUGUGCUUUGAACCAGUUCACAUGAAAGUCUUUAUGGAAAUGAAAGAAAGAGAAACAACCCUCUCAUUUUGUGUUAAAUCAAAUCUGAUUGUUUCAAAUUUCUCUUGUUUUGGAUCAAUGAUUAAAAUUUCCAUUUUCAUUAUACUUCUC